GCCCAAAAGCUGACAUGCGGGGUGUCGGUGGAACUUUAAAGAGCUGAUGCCUAGAACAUUGAAUGUGAAAUGAAAGGAUGAUUUUUCGCAUUUUCAAUUACCAGAAAGUUUUGGAGAUAGACAUCGUGAGAUAUUGUGAGAUAUAAUGAAAAUUAAAGGAGAAGUUAUGGAUUCAUCGGAUGGAUUUGAACAUGUGACGCCGCUUUCAGAGGAUGUUGCAGAAAAUGUUGAGGUAGAUGGUGAUAUUGUGGGCAGUGAGGAUGAGAACACCAAUGAGAAGGAAAUUAUCAACGACGAGAAAGAUGUCAUCGGCAAUAAAGACUCCAAGAUCGAUCCAAGAGAUCCUGAAAAUGAGACGCCCGAAACGCGCCCAACUUGGACCAGAAUGCACCUUCGACACUUGUCCAUCGAGGUUCUGAAAGAGAAUAACAUAGAUUAUGUGAUCGAUGCUCAGGAUCCUGAUUAUGUUUUGAUUCAACGUUGGGUACCCGAAUAUGAGCAAGAUUUUCUUUGGGCUGCAACUCGUGCUUCUCGUACCAGACGCAACUCUGAUAACCGUCGCUCCAACUCUCCAUAUCCAUCACGAGUUCGUUCCAACCGAGCUUCGUCGCCUGGAAUUAUUGAAGUCCGUGUAGGCAAGCAAGGAGCAGAGCUCAAGCUUGAUAUCAAUAGAAUGGAGUUCAAAGAUUGGGCUGCAUCAAAGCAUAUGGAGCAAAGGGGAAAACAUGUGCUAGAUGUUGCGGUGGAGGAGGGAAAAGCAAUCAGAGUGGCGAUUAACUCGGAGGCUUUGAGAGACGAACUGCGAAUGGUGAUAGGAGCCGGGGUGGGUCUUGUGAUUAAUGAAUGGCGUAGAGUUCUGACAGGGCCAUGGAAAGUGCUUGUGGAGUAUGAGAAGGCAAUUAGAGCAAGAUUGCACAAAUUGGAGGAAAUGAUGAAAUCUCGAGACGAAAAGUUGGCAGAGAACCCGGUGGAGGACAAGAACAGAGGAGCAGAUCAAGCUCAAGAAGACAGGAAAUCAGAUCGCAAGGUCCGAUUCAGAGAUCCACCAUCCAGUUGCGAGGUUUGCGAUGUUGUCUACCCACCUCACCAGACUCCUCUCGCAUGCAUCGAUACUAGAGUUGCUCACUUAAAGUGCUUGAUCGAAUUCAUGGAACACGAUCUGAAUCAUGUCUUCAAGCUCCGUGAACAGAUUAAAGAUGGUUCUGUGACCGAAAUUGCUUUUACCGAUCUUUGGCACUUGUUCAGCCCCGGUGAUCUGAUUGUCACCUAUCCCAUGUCUCGUGCGUAUCGAGUCUUCCAUACAUCAGGUGGUCGACUACGCUUAUCUAAACCGGAAUUAUUUGAAAAGAAGGCCGUUUGUUCGCCUUUCAAUAUUAACUGCUUCUACAUGAGAUCUGAUUGGAAGACCGUUGGUCCGAUUCAUGAGACUUUAAGAAUUUCAGAGUAUGCUGGGAAAAGAGCAGUGUCAGAAUUACUAGUUGAACUGGAUGGGAAGCUCAUGACAGAGAGAGUUACGGUUUUGCCUCUUAAGAUACUCUCCAUCAGUGAAACGAAUAAGCAAAUAUCAUAUUUGGUCACCAGAGGAAAGAAAUUGAGAUCCUUGAAGCAAGGCGAUCACAAGUAUUAUGUAGGAAGUGCUGGGGAAGAGGUAUCGAACUCGUCAAAUGAUGAAGAUGUGAGAUUUACAGGGAGACCGCCAGUGUAUGGAACGGGCCCCUUUGUGAAUUUAAAAAGAGAACGUGAAGAAGUCCAAAGCGAAAUCAUCAUAGACAACGAGUUCGAGAUUGAGAACAAAGCUAUUGGUCUUUUUGAUGCAAUUGAGUUCGAUUCCAGGGAAACCGCUGAAAAUUGCACACAUUAUGGAGUAUCGAACAAUCAAUACUUCAAUGACCGCGGCUUCCAGAGAGAUUGUCGAUGCUCGGACUUGGUCGUGGAUAAUGUGGUUGACAAUGACCGUGCUGCCAAGUACAAGGACGAUUUGCAUCUUUUGCACUCUCGUGAUGUUAACGAUGAACUCGGAGAUGAAUUCCUCAUGCUCCUGCCGCCCACAAUUGAGGGGUUUGUGCUAGAGAAGAAAAAAUGGAAGAUGCUGAGUGUAGAUGCGAUAAGUGAUCUGAAUCAAGAAGGUGUAGAGAACCCUGUGGAUUUCAAAUCUCUUGUUAUCCCUGAAGAACACGAAUAUAUGUUGAAAGCAUUGGUGGGGACACACUCCAGCAGCCAAUCAUUACCAUCUAGAACAAGCAGAGAUUCAUCAAGCCUAUCAAUUCUGCUCCACGGACGAAGAAGUAUGGGGAAAUUUCUCACCGCGAAAGCACUCGCCUCCCAUUUCAAUAGACCAGUUUACACCAUAACUAGGGCAGAUCUUGGUCCGGUCACAUGGGAUGCUACGCGGGAUUUUGGUACCCAUUUCAAAAGAGCCGCAAAAUGGAAUUGCAUAAUUGCAAUUCCCGAAGCGGAACGUCGGUUCCCGCAUCGGAAAAGCCUUUCAGAUGGUGAUCCCGGUAUUCCAGACUUGUUUUUGAGGGAGCUAGAAUUAUUCAAAGGCAUUGUUGUUCUGACGACAGAUGCGAAACAUGAUGUGGAUGAUGAAGUUGUGAGACGUAUGAAUGUGUGUCUCGGGAGCAGUUUCUGGAGCAGAUCGGAAAAUCUUCAAGUUUGGCACCGCGUUUUGAAAAAGCGUGGAAUUCGUGUUGCCGAAGAAAAUGAGCAAUUACCAACGGGAACUAAAGCGAUUAUUGGGGAAGCGGAUUAUGAUGAUUGGCGGAAAUUUAUAGAUGGAGAAUAUUCAAAAGGAAAGCUCUGGAAUGGUCUGGAAAUUAACCAUUACUUUGACAUAGCGUUGGCUCUGGCCGAGUAUGACACCCACACUUCCAGCGGGUCUGCGCAUGUCUUGAAGUGUCAUCACUUGAGUAUGGCAGCAAGAAUUGCUGGGGAUUCAGUUUAGUCUUUGUAGUUUUGUCUUUGUUAUAAUAUCACUUCUGUGUUUCAUUUCGGUAUAUGACCGAGCACUAGGGGUCACAGGAUCGAAUAGCAAAGACUGAGUUUUUAUAAUGACUUGAUAUUUUAAUACAUGCAUAGUCUCA